AUGGCAGGCACAGCUGGUAAUAUUGUUGCAACUGUUCUUGUUGGGCAUCACCAUCCGGGGAAGCAAAGAAGAGGCGUUAACAUGCUGGACUUUGCUGCGUGCCUCGCUUCUCUCUCGGAGGGCAGCGUUGAUCUGACAAUGGCCCCACCUGGACCCCAGCUAGAGCUGCUUAGGGGGCUGGCUCUAGUGGACAUGUAUCAUGGGGAGCUGCAGAGUCGAGGGUUUGUAGGGUCCGGUCAAAAGUAG